AUGAACCCCCAGAUUGGAUAUCCACCUAAUGAUACUGAGCCUAUCCAUUCUGUACCAGUCCACUAUCGCGGUGCAUUUGAAGAUCAAUCUGUACCUUGUAAUCAGUAUGUCUCAGAAGCUGUACCAAACUACCCUGAUUAUGAAUACAGAAAUGUAACUGGUGGUCAGGAUCUUUAUCCACCUGUACAACUGCCGAACUACAACAACCAAUUUGAUCUAGAAGAAGGCUUUAAUUCUACUCAGCAUGCUUAUCCAAUUGUAAUCCGGCCCAAUAACAACAACCGAGAUGUUCUGAAUGAAAGCUUCAAUUCUACUCAGGAUCUUUAUCCACCUGUACAACUGCCGAACUACAACAACCAAUUUGAUCUAGAAGAAGGCUUUAAUUCUACUCAGCAUGCUUAUCCAAUUGUAAUCCGGCCCAAUAACAACAACCGAGAUGUUCUGAAUGAAAGCUUCAAUUCUACUCAGGAUCUUUAUCCACCUGUACAACUGCCGAACUACAACAACCAAUUUGAUCUAGAAGAAGGCUUUAAUUCUACUCAGGUCUGA